UACUUGGCAUAUCCUUGCGCGUGUAUAUAAGGAGGGGCGCACCUGAGCACACGUCACAUCUAUACCUCUCCAGCAUCAUGAAGGUCCUCAUAGCUCUUGGACUUGUCGCCUUUGUAUAUGGUCAGUUCCCCAAUUUUGGAGACAUCUUUAACUUUGGAACCCGAGAUAGCAUCCACGGGUAUUCCUUCGAAUACCACCGGAAUGACGAACUGAUUCUUGUACGAAACGUCUCUGCCUGCUUCGUCGUGAACGCUACAAAGGAGAUCGAAAGCAAGAUGCAACACAGAGACACUAGGGAACAGCUAGAGGAUGAGUUGUACGCCCAAAUAAAAGCACACACCGGUGAGACCGUCAGCAGCAUCAGCGACCUCCGCACUAACUACCACGACAACUACGCCGUGAUUGAGUGCUUCAGACACAGCGUGUACGAACUCCAGUAUAUUCCCAGCUCUUAGAUAUAUAUAAACUGAAAAUAAAUUAAUGUUCCCCAU